CUGCAAUCAUCAUGUUGCAUGUUGUGACCUCAUACCGAUGUAACCCUAUCGAUAUCGAGUCCCUAAGCUCCAGCGUCUGGGCACAUAAGCCUAUCUCCUCCCGGCCUGUCGUCUUGAUUUAUCAUUCUUAAGAGCUUUUCUCAACGAAAAACGUGACGCUCAAGCUGUCCUACGAAUAGCCUGGACCAACUACGAGCUCAUACCGCAACGGAAAGCAUUGGCGAACGGAAACCGACACAAGUUCUGCAGGAACUCACAGACCAAGUUUACAGAGAUUAACGUCUAAAUUCAAUAGGCCAACAUAUUCAGGAGGCCGGCACAUCACGGUAGACCACAAUCAUUCCACUCACUCCAUCGAUACUUCACCGUGACGUCAUCUACGUUCUACCCCUCCCUAACCAUACCCAACAUCAAUCAUGUCUUCCUCCUCGUUAUUCACCAUGGCUCAACAGCUGGAAAGUUUGAAAUAUCAACCGGAACCUGAAGAAUACGAUCAUUCGGUACUGAGGCUAUUAAACGAGCGGUACUCGACUUGGGAGGACCUGGUCAGGCUCUCUGAGAAUGCCGGUGCGGGUCCGUCCGGCCUGCGGUAUGGUGAAGAGGAAGGAGAAGGGGAUGUUACGCAGGAAGAUGGAUGGGACCUUGAUGUGGACGAGGAUGAGCUCGAGGAUGGUGUAGCUACGGAUGGGAAGAAGGAGAAGGAUCUGAAGGGGGAGAUGACACUGCUAGAGGCCGAGAUCGAAAAGUGGAAAGAUCUCGAACGGAAUAGUACCGAAUCCCUCGCUAAAGUGAACGCGGAGAUAGCUCCCCUUCAUUCCCAAACCCAAGCUCAAUUGCAACAACUCUUGGCUCAGACUUCUCAACUAUCAGACUCAAGAUACGCAUUGAUGGAUGAUCUAGGUCGUCUGACCGGAGAGCUCGUCUCCUCCAACGCCAACGGCGACAUGACAGGAGAGUUAGGAGGAAAUGGGGCGGAAGAUACGCUGACUCUGCUGGAAAGAGUGGAGAACGCUAGGACGAGGUUGAAUGCGCUUGGUUUAGGGAUCAAGUGGAUGGGAGUGUUGGAGAGGGUUAUGCUUUCAGCUCAAGAGACACUCGAAGCGCGUCAACUCGGAAAACCCUCCCCGACAUCCCUGCGUUCCCCUUUACCGAGUAUCGCACCAUUCAAGAACUUGCAUAACCUCCUCAUCUCCCUGAGCACAAAUCUUCCAGCAAAUUUCCAUUUGUUGGCUAUCGCGCAACGGGUUCAUCGGCAGGUCUGGAGGGAGAUGAAAGGGUGGGGUGAAGAGGCUUUGGAGAGCGCAUUGGAUGGAAUUGGGUGGCCAGGAAGAGGGGUGACUUAUGAAUCAGUCGGGGUGGAGGAGAGGAGGAGAUUUGAGAGGAGUUUCAAGGAAUUACUGGUACUCCAACAAGAGGGUAUCAAGCUACUCGAUACAACACCAGAAAAGCUCAAGUCUGUUCUGAAUUUCGAUGCCGAGAUCGAAAACGGACUUUAUCCGAUCGUAGCCAUGGUCAGGUCGGUCAAACAACGGUUCAUCUUUCACUUUGAGGGUGAUCGAGGAACAAACAGACUGGACAAGCCGGAAUGGGCGUUCUCGAGCGUGCUGGAUACAAUAUACGAACAGCGGGCGUUCGCGGAAACAUACUUGCAGGCUCUCGUUUCACGAACGGGGACUAUGUUCAAGGAUAUCGACGCGGUCGCUGAAUUGACAGCUCAGCUCUUGACGCUACCUUUGGCUCUGCUGAAGCAUCGAUUCCCUCACUUGUUCCCUCAUCCACCUCUGCUCGCGCAUACGGUUUAUCAGACUGUUGUCUUUGACGAUUCGAUCAAGCGGGGCGGUUUCUCCUCUACCAGGGCUUGGAAAGCGACCAGACGGAGGCAGCAGCGAGGUUCGGACGGUGGGACCGAUGAGGAUGAGUGGGAAGGCUUGACUGAAGAGAUUUUGAACACGGAUGACUGGUUCGAAAGGUGGUGGCAAGGCGAGAAGGAGUUUGCUUCGGAGCAAUACGAACAGAUUACCAGUUCACCCGAGGCUUGGACGCUAGUCGAUGUCAGCGAAGGGGGUGACCAAGAGUCCGAGUCUGCUCUUGAACGACGGCGGGAUUUCAAGCCGACCAUCGGUGCGAGACAAGUCAGGGCACUCGUGGAACAGGUCGCAGAUCGAUACGCUUCUUUGCCUACUCUGCGGCACAAGUACCCGUUCCUGGCCCAAGUGCAAUUACCCAUACUGGAUUCGUAUCGCAAGCGUAUUGCCAGCUCCCUGGACGCCUUCGAGACCCUCGCCUCGACAUUUGCCAGAGCAGUACCGGGUGCACUAGCGGGACACUCUCGCGAGAAUGGACUCGGUAUGGAUACCGCUAAGAUGACGAGCGGGGUUGGAGGGCUGCAACGCUUGACAAAGGCCUGGAUCAGCGCGAAGUGGUUGAUGGAUGCCAUGGAGAGAUGGGGUGAUGAAAUGCUAUAUCUCGAGUUGGUGACCGAGAUCUCAAAUAGCCCUGACUAUAUUGCUCGCGCGCGGCAUGAUGGGAUCGCCGUAGAUGACGGUGCAAACCCAUACGAUAUCGCUGUCGAGCAGUACAGGACUCUGGUCAAUCGGGCCGAGAGCAUGAUUGUCAAGCACGUCACAGCCGAGGUCGAGAGAGAUCUUCGGACGCAUUUGACCAGGCGCUGGGAUGCAAAUGCAUCCUCGAUGGACAAGGAAGGGACUACGAUGGCGCUCAUCGGGCCUUUGACAACUCUCUCCGCGCAUCUUGGACAUCUCGCGCACAUGCUGCCCGCCAGCGCAGCCGGCCACCUAUACCGUGCCAUCGUCGCUCAUGUCACCAACCAUAUCAUGCAACGCGCGGUAUACGCUGGAUGGUCCAAGUUUACCGAAUAUGGUGGCCAAGAGCUGGUAGCUGAGACCAACGCAUGGGUCGAAGCUUCGACCCUAGGACUGCGAGAAUGCGACGCUAUUCGCCGCCCGGGCCUACCUUGGCAGGCUUUCGGCGAGACGGCUCGGCUGCUGUCACUUCCGACCGAAGCCAAAGAGGAGCAGCCCGUGACGUUUGCUCAGGCGGUCGCCAUGGCGUUUGACUCGCAAUACGCUCGCCUAACGGAGCUCUUGGAUAUCAAAGAGCUCGACCAGGGACAGGCGCAGGUUGUACUCAAGCGUAGAAUAGAUUGCUGGCGAUGAUGCCACGCCUAUCGAUAUCAUGCAGGAGAGGAUUAUGAUGAGAAUGGCUGUCUCACGAGCGCUAAUGAUUUCCCCGCUAUUCAUAAGGCGUUCAACUGCUUUCUCAAGGAACGAUAUCGCUGCAGUGUACAUCACCUUGUAAUGCGGA